GACAGCGCCGCCGGUUCGAAGGAGCGGAAGUGGAAGCGGCAGCUGGGGUAAUGUCGGAGGCCUGAGUAACUGAGAGUGGUGUGAUGUCAUGGCAACUGCCAGUUCUAAUAUUGCUGGACGUGACCAAGCCUUGGAAAAAUCACAACUGAAUUUAAAAAUUUUAAAAGCCAAAUUGAAAGUCCCAAAACCAACAAGGAUUAGUUGCUACAUUGAAGUGACAGUGGAUGCUCUCCCUGAUGAAACCAAGAAAACUGGAAAGCGGAAUGGAAACCUCCAUCCACAGUGGAACGAGACACUGACCUUGAAUGUAACACCACAAAGCCAAUUGGAGCUGAAAGUGUGGAAUAGUCAUACCUUAAAUAAUGAACUAUUUGGCAAUGUUUCGAUCGAUGUCAGUGACAUUUUAAAGAAGAACAAUGGAAAGUUGGAGAAUAUUCAGCUGAAUUUGAACCUUCAAAUGGGGAACAAAAGUAGUGUUGUAUGCAGCGGUGAAUUGACUGUUUGCCUGGAUGGCCUUAAUGUUGACUUGGGAAAUUUGCCUAAUGGCACCAUCAUGUCAGAAAAAUUCCAGCAAAAUGGUAGAAUUCAUCAGAGCACAAGUGAAGACGAUGAUUCAAAGUCUUUGCCGUCAUGUACCAGUGAUUCUCCCGGUAGAGUGCGGGCUUGCAGACAGAACACUGGUGCUGUUCAAGGGACUGUGGUAAUUGUGGAGAACACAGUGAAUGGGGCAGAUAAUAAUGCUGAUAGUAAACAAAAUCAUGUAUCCAGGAUACCUUCACAUGCUACAACUCAAAACCGAAUAGUGAAUGGUGAGAUUACUUCAAAUGAAAGUGACAAUGAUAACUGUAACGCUGCACCAAGUCAUGCAGCUCCACCAGCCAUUACACGUUCACCUGCUGCAGCACCUUCCCCGGCCCCAGCCACCAGUUCUUCAACCACUGGCACCACUAGCUCGUCUGCUGUGGAACAGACGUCAGAAGAAGGUUCUGCCCUGACAGAACUGUCUCAGGCACUAGCCCAAAACUUGGAAGCGCUACCUCCUGGAUGGGAACAGCGAGUGCUUCCUUCUGGAAGAGUAUACUAUGUGGACCACAACACCAAAACGACCACAUGGGAGAGACCUCUGCCUCCGGGUUGGGAAAAGCGAGUAGAUCAACGUGGCAGAUUUUACUAUGUGGACCAUAACACGAGGACAACCACGUGGCAGCGUCCGACAGCUGAAUCUGUUCGAAACUUUGAGCAAUGGCAGUCCCAAAGAAAUCAAUUGCAAGGAGCUAUGCAACAUUUCAACCAAAGGUUUUUAUACCAACCAUCUGGAAUCUCGACUGACAAUGAUGCCCUCGGUCCUUUGCUUGCUGGCUGGGAGAAGCGCCAGGAUAAUGGACGAGUCUAUUUUGUUAACCACAAUACACGUACGACCCAGUGGGAGGAUCCAAGAACUCAAGGGAUGAUUCAAGAAUCCCCACUGCCUCCUGGCUGGGAGAUGAAAUACACAAAUGAAGGUGUUCGAUAUUUUGUGGACCAUAACUCUCGUUCCACCACCUUUAAAGAUCCUCGCACUGGAUUUGAUUCCACCUCUAGUGCAAGAAAUGGGUCUCCAGCAGCGUAUGAUCGAAGCUUUCGAUGGAAAUAUCACCAAUUCCGUUUCCUCUGCCAUUCUAAUGCAUUACCGAGUCAUGUCAAAAUCAGUGUCUCCAGACAGACGUUAUUUGAGGAUUCCUUUCAACAGAUAAUGAAUAUGAAGCCAUAUGACUUGCGCCGUCGAUUGUACAUAAUAAUGCGUGGAGAGGAGGGUUUGGAUUAUGGAGGUAUAGCAAGGGAGUGGUUUUUCCUGCUAUCCCAUGAGGUUCUCAAUCCAAUGUACUGCUUGUUUGAAUACGCUGGAAAGAACAACUACUGUUUGCAGAUAAACCCUGCUUCAUCAAUCAAUCCGGAUCACUUGACCUAUUUCCGUUUUAUUGGAAGGUUCAUAGCAAUGGCACUUUACCAUGGUAAAUUUAUUGAUACAGGAUUCACACUGCCAUUUUAUAAACGAAUGUUGAAUAAAAAUCCCACAAUGAAAGACUUGGAAUCCAUUGACCCAGAAUUCUACAAUUCACUGCUGUGGAUCAAGGAGAACAAUAUAGAAGAAUGUGGCUUGGAACUCUAUUUUGCACAGGAUAUGGAAAUAUUGGGGAAAGUAACAACCCAUGAGCUGAAGAAAGAUGGAGAAGAUAUUUUGGUCAUUGAAGAGAAUAAGGAGGAAUAUAUGAGGUUGCUGACAGACUGGAGAUUCACCCGUGGAGUUGAGGAACAAACCAAAGCUUUCUUAGAUGGUUUCAACGAGGUGGUACCUUUAGAAUGGCUACGGUAUUUUGAUGAAAAAGAGCUUGAGUUAAUGCUAUGUGGAAUGCAAGAAAUUGACCUGACUGAUUGGCAGAAGAAUACCAUCUAUCGCCAUUACACGAAGAACAGCAAGCCGAUCCAGUGGUUCUGGCAGGUUGUAAAAGAAAUGGACAAUGAGAAACGGAUCAGAUUAUUGCAGUUUGUCACUGGCACAUGUCGCCUGCCCGUUGGGGGCUUUGUAGAGUUAAUAGGGAGCAAUGGGCCACAAAAAUUCUGCAUCGAUAAGGUUGGAAAAGAUAGUUGGCUUCCAAGAAGUCACACUUGCUUCAAUCGCCUGGACCUCCCCCCUUACAAAAGUUAUGAGCAACUAAAGGAGAAGUUAAUGUUUGCCAUUGAAGAAACAGAAGGCUUUGGUCAAGAAUAAUAGGUUCAUUCAGCUGCAGGGAAGAAACAUCGAAUAAGGAAACCUUAUUAAACAUUCAGAAGACAGUGGCUACUAUGAAGAACUUCUAGCUUAAGUUUGCUUCCAUAUGUCCCUUUAAUUCAUCUCUGUAUAAUAUAUUCUGUUUGUUUUUAGGAUUUAACUGGUUAAUUAAUAAUAAUAUAACAUUAUUUUCAUGACUGAGAUACAUGUUCCUUUCUCUGAAUCCGUCAUAGGUUUAUUUUAAAUGAACUGCUACUGACUUAUUACCCAUUACACUUUCGACACUUAGUGUCACUUAGCGACAAAGCUCGAUACGAUAAAACUUUAUUUAUCCCAGGAGAGAAAUUAAUUUGCCAACAGUCAUAGAAAACA